UCCUCUCGAGUUUCGCCGACGACGAACCUCCUGAUCUCCUGAUCGAUCAACAAGAAUUGAAAUCAUCAACGAACUCGUUGAUCCCUCCGAGUGACGCGAGUGGCAACUGGAAAGGUCGUCAACCUACAUAGAUAAGAGUCACAGCGAUCACUCGCCCCGGGCCACCAUGGCUCAAUCAGGCCGUCGCCAUUCAAUGGCCCCCGUAACCACCUCACCCAGUCGGAUCCCUACAUCACCCAGCUCGUCAUCGUCCGGUAUUCCCACCAGGCUCUCACAUAGAACGAGCGUCAGCAUGUUGUCGAACAGAAACACACAGUCCCCAGUGAUGCCCUUGGGGAGUACGGACAAUGCAAGACCAGGUUCUUCCGUGGACACGGUCAAGCGACCCGCCUCGACGCCUUUACGGAGAGCUCCUUCUCGGGAAAUGCUGAAGAAACCAGAUGGCGAAUCGGCAAACGUCCAAGUCGUCCUGCGGAUCAGACCGUCCCAGCAACCAGAUCAGAACAUUCCCGCUAGAUUCACCCGGACCGUCCUCCAGCCAUCACCUACCAACCCAACUAACGAGGUCCUCAUCAACCUCUCCAACGAGCCGAACAAGCCGGCUCAACCGUCUGCACCUGCUGCGGGAAACAAGGGCAAGCAGACGAGCUUUCGGUAUGAUCGGGUCUUGGGAGAGGAUAGCUUGCAGAGCGAGGUAUUCGAGAGUGCGGGAAAGACGGCGGUGGACAAGUUCAUCUCGGGAUUGAACGUUACCGUACUCGCUUACGGACAGACCUCUUCUGGCAAAUCAUAUACCAUGGGAACAACCGGGAUCGACGACGAUUAUCACCCCUCAGGGGAUAUCGAACCCGACUCGAACGAUCGCACCGGGAUGAUCCCCAGAGCUAUGAGCGAGAUCUUCAAGCGAGCCGAGGCCAAGCGCCGAGAGUCUGGCUCGGGUGCCAGCUGGGAUUGCCGGUUGAGCUUUCUAGAGCUCUACAACGAGGAACUGAUCGACCUGCUAUCGAACUUGCCUCAAGCGCAAUCCCCGCCGAUCAUCAUCCGAGAGGACAAAGGUCGAAUCCUCUGGUCCGGACUUCACGAAAUCUCAGUGAAAACGACCAGCGAUGUCUUGAGAUACUUGCGAGAGGGGUCUGCAAAACGAAGGACAGGAGAGACUGGGAUGAACAAGGAAUCCAGUCGUUCGCACGCCAUCUUCAGUCUAACUCUAGUACAGACGAGAAGGACUGGAGAUGGUAAUGGCACUCCAGGAGGGAAAGGCCGACCAAUGUCGACACCCAACGGACCCCCUAGCUCCAUGCGCUCGCCUACACCUUCAGGGAUCCGUACGCCCAAUCGUACUUCGAUGUUCGCAGGAAGAGGGAUGAACGGAUCCGGGCGGAUCACUCCGAGUACAUCGCUUCAUGAUGACGAAGCGUCUUGGGUCGAGACGAGCAGCAAGUUCCACUUUGUCGAUCUCGCCGGGAGUGAACGGCUGAAGCGUACAGGGGCCGGGGGCGAUCGAAUGAAGGAAGGAAUUUCUAUCAAUGCCGGGCUGUUGGCACUCGGAAACGUCAUCUCCGCCCUUGCCGACCCGAACAAGAACAAGAGCUUGCACAUCCCUUACCGGGACUCGAAGUUGACCAGGCUGUUGCAAGACUCUCUUGGAGGGAACGCGUUCACGGUGAUGAUCGCUUGUGUUUCCGCCAUCGAGUACAACCUCAACGAGACGCUCAGCACUCUCAAGUACGGCGCACGCGCUCGGCUGAUUAAGAAUCGGGCCGAAGUCAACGAGCUGGAGGUUGGGUGGGACGACGUGGAGCACCUCCAAGGGACCGUGGUCAAGCUUAGGGCAGAGGUCUUGCGGUUGAAGGCUAUGGCCGGGUCGGGCGAAAGGAGUGGGACGCCAACGACGGUCUCAGAAGAAGUCGAGGCUGAGCUGAGGGAGUGCCGUGCCAGGCUGCAAGAACUAGAGACGGAGCAUGAUGAUCUCAAGGACGAUCUUCAAGCGAAGUCUCUCCAGGUCGCCAGGCUGGUUACCGAUCUCGAGACGACCAAGCGAUCCGGCAGCUUCAACCCGGACGAUGUGAACGCCUUUUCCCAACUGGUGGAGCCGAUCGUCGAGGAGUAUGAGCGUCUAAUACAAGCCUUGGAGGGUAAGCUCCAGGCGGCCCUGGCGUCAUUGGAGCUGAGCGAGGAACGGGCUGCCGAGGCGGAAGAGAUCGCCGCUCAGCGUGAACACCGCAUGUCGCGACAGGACACGUAUGUUGCAGAUCUUGUUGGUAGACUCAACCGCCUUAAGGACAAGGAAAAGACAUUCGAUGAUUAUAUUAAUGAUCUCGAAGAAAAGCUCCGAUCUUUCGAGGACCUGGAUGUUGCUCAUCAGCGGACUCUGUCAGAACUCCGCGCUGAAUUGUCGAUGGAGCGAUCGCAAUCCAAGAACGCGGCAGAGUACAUCGCUACGAUGGAGUCUGCGAUGUCGCAAUCUGAAUCGGACAUCAAAGACUUCAAUCGCAAGCUGGAACGACUAGAGGCGGAACUCAAGCGAAAAGAAGACAGUCACCUCGAGUUACAAGAGCGCAUCAAACUCGUCGAUACCACCGAAGAUAAUCAACUACUUCUGAAAGAAUUGGAAGAGAAGAAUGUCAAACUAGCCAACCUUGAGCGGGAUCUCGAAGAUAGUCUCUUCUCUAAGCAGACUCUUGGGGAAGAACGGGACCUUCUGCGUCGGCAGACGGAUGAGCAGACGCGUCAGUUGGCUGUCCUGCAAUCCCGCGUCGACCAGGUACCCAAGGCCGUUGCGGAUGGUUCCAGUAUCAUCGCAUCAAAAGCGCAACGGCCGCUGUCAGUCAGCCAAGUCAAUGACACUUCGGAGGAGGAUUCGCCCGGGAAUGUGCCCGGAUCACCGACAACGCCUGUUGCCGCACAGCACAGCUUAGAUAGCAACCAGGCGGGGUACACUGUCCUGAAUCCAGAGGUCGUCGAAUUGCAAGAAAAGCACGCCCAGACCUUGGCAAAACUGUCGGCGAUCAGCGAUCGAUACAAGGAGGCCUUGGAGAAGAUUACCGAGCUUACCAGCCAGGUGGUCGAGGCAGAAGAGGCCAACAGGGAUUCUUCAGACAGCGGGAAAGAUGUUUCACCGUCUUCGAUGCCCAUCUCUCGGACCGCUAGUGCGAGCAGCAUCGCUUCUGCCGUUUCCGCCUCGCCCGAGCGUGCCCGACGGACAAGAUCGGUGGGUAACGAGCUGGUCGUCAAACCUGACAAGACGGAUUUUCAACGCGGGAGGGGCGAUCGUAUGGGGGACGCAAGGCCAGUGUCAUUGUCGCAGGAGCUAUCAUUGCCGCGAUUGUCGCGAUCCUCCUUCGGCAGUGGUACCAGCCUUUUGUCGCCUCUUGGCAAUAGUCGCCAGAACCUGCCGUCUCGCUCGACCGUCUCUCUCGAAGCAGAAAUUAAACAGCUGCAAGAGGUUUUACGACGUCGAGACGACGAGAUCAGGGUUCUGGAAAAUGCCAUGCGAUCAAUGUCCGGCACCUCUCCUCGCUUUGAAAACGCCGGCCAAUUCAACAUGUAUCAUAAUCCUCCUGGAAGACCAGAACUUGUGCACGGGUUGUCGUCGCCGAGUUCAACAGCAUUCCAAAACAGUCUACCUCUCACACCUAAUGACCAGCAUCACGUCGAUCCACUAUUAACGCCUACAACAACACGCCACUUUACGAUACUGAAAGAACAAAAAAAUGGGGACUCUACCCACGACGAAGCUGGUGAAAUCGACCGUAUCGAUCGACUCGAUACCCUUAUGCGGCAAGUCUCAAUAUGCGACCGGAGCUGAUCUGACUGUCGCCUAAUGACAACACUUCUGCCCUUGCUCAGAUCCAUGGCGAGAAAGGAGGUUGAGCACAAGCAAGAGGUGGAAGAUCUAAACCGCCGAUUGAAAGCGACUCUGCAAGAGAUGGCGGCUGUCAAGGAUAGCCGAGAGCAGCACGUUCCUACACCGUCUGAUCAUGUUCGGCCCGAUCAAGCGAAACC